AUGGAUAGAUUACAGUCGCUUUGCCGCAUUUGCAUUGUGAAUCCCGAGGAUGAUUCGCUCAUUGCCACAGGCGAAGACUUUGACGAACUAAUCAAAUGCUGCACGGGGAUUCAGUUGAGUGUAAGGCCCAAUGGGCCAAGAAAAAUAUGCAUUAGCUGCGAAUUACUGAUCCGAUCGGCUCGCCAGCUGUGCUCCCUCUGCCAGGAGUCCGACGAAAAGCUGAAGAAGUACGAAAGCGAUUUGGAGCUGCUGGAAGCUAAAAGGAAUGUGGCCAAUGAGGAUGACAUCUCAAUUGAUAGCGACAUGGAGAUGGUGCACGAGUAUCUAGACUCCUAUGUGGUGUCCCAGGGAUCACCUGAGAGCACCACCGAAAGUCAUUUCAGUGUAGAAAUUAGCAUUAAACGACCUUCACCUGCUCCAGUGGAACAAAAACCGCCUUGUGCUGUUGCUUCAGUAAAACAGAAACCUCAGUCAACAUCAACGCUGGCCCUCAGUCCCGACUCAACUCCAGCAACCGAAUUAAAGCCCAGCAAAGCUCCACGAUUUGCCUGUCAUGUUUGCCCAAAUGUCUACCUGGAGAAGUCCAAGCUGACGGUUCACUUACUGGCCCACAACGAUUUCAAGCGCCACGAGUGCGAGAUCUGCCAGAAAGGCUUCCAUCAGACAACGUCGCUAAAGCGUCACAUGAACACGCACACGGGCCAACGACCUUAUAAAUGUUUCUUUUGUGAUUCCAGAUUUGCCGAUCCCUCCACACGGAUUAAGCACGAGCGGAUUCACACUAAUGAAAAGCCAUACAAGUGCAAAUUUUGUGGCAAAGUAUUCGCGUACUCCAAUGUGCUCAGGGGGCACCUCAAAACGCACACGGGCGAGCGGCCCUAUAAAUGCCAGCACUGCAAGCAGUCGUUCUCCCAAAUGCACCACAAGAAUACUCACGAAAAGUCGCACAGAAUGAAGGACACGGAAGACACCAUCACAGUGAUUGCAGUGGAGGAGGAGUAAAUAGACAUCGUGU